UAUAAAUCCAUAAUUCCGUAAAUAAAUAAAACGGCGAAAUAUAUCGUUUUUCAUUCAGAUCGCAGUGUCCGACACGCGCAUACCCACUUCAAAUCAAUAAGGUUGGGGAGUCUGUGCCGGAAGGGAAACAGAAAACCCUCUUUUCGUUUUCCGGCGAUAUCGUUCUUUCUUCCAACCGUUUCCGGCCAUCUCAUCUCCCAGCAACCAUGACGACAUCAAGGCGACUUGCGGACAGGAAAGUAGAGAAGUUUGAGAAGAACAUCACAAAAAGAGGGUUUGUGCCAGAAACUAACACUAAAAAGGGAAAAGACUAUCCUGUUGGUCCAGUCCUGCUCGGUUUCUUCGUCUUUGUUGUCAUUGGAUCAUCUAUCUUUCAGAUAAUCAGGACAGCAACGAGUGGAGGCAUGGCAUAAUUUGAGUUAUAUGCUUUGGACUGUGUCGUCAUCUCUUAGCGCUGUAGAAAAUGGCAAUACUUUUGUACUCGUUCUUGUACUUGUACUAGACUCGGUUCCUGUUCACGUUUUGAUGAACUAUGAGGAUUUCUAAUUAAAAUUACUACUACUACAGUAUUACUACUGC